AUCUCUUUUACAAGAGGGUCCUGGUCAAGAUGGCAGCAUGCAUAAACAUGUGAACACACAGAUAAAGGAUUUAAAAACAAAACAACAAAUUGCAACAAUCAACUGCUGCAGCUGCUUGCAUGGCUAUAGAUUAUUUUUCCAAUGAUGCCCUUGUAUUCUUUCUGUCUUUUUGUUGGACUCAUUUCUUUGUGUGUUCAUGUGUCCAGGAGUACUUUAGGAUACCGGUGAGCAGCUUGAGCUCUGUGCUCAAUGCAGCGCACAUCAACACCGUCAGACUGAUCCUUCAGUACUACAGCGGGAACAAGGAUACGCUGAAGUUGCCCGAUGAGUACCUGUCCACCAUGGUGUCAGUGCUGCUCCAGACCCCCCUGGUAAAAGUCGGUAGUCUCUUCCCUGAGCUGGCUCCACUUCUGCCUGCAGCGAGCCUGGCUGACAUCCAAGCUUUGCCCUCACUGCAGAACGACAUCAAUGUGAGGGAGACCAUUAACAGACACUUGGCGCGCAUGACUUUGGACCAGCGGCGGGCAUUUGGCAUGUGGCACAGCAGAGUUAUGCCCCCCUCCCUCAUCAUCAGAGGCAAGCAGUCACUCAUCAGGGACACAGGAAACCUGAUCGCCUACCUGCCCUUCAACAACUUCCAACACCUCUCAUCUGCUCAGCUGUUGGACGGGCUGGAUGUGUUGCAGAGAAACACCCUCACUUCUCUAAAGCAGGAGUUCGUAGCUCACAGCCUCAUUGGUACCUACAGGAACUUGACAGCUCGGGAUUUUACCAGGUUGGGAAAUCUCUCAUGCCUGGCAGACCCAGAGGACCUCCUCAUGUACAAAAGCACUAAGGUCUUCAGUGUCAUCCGGGACAUCGUUAUGAACUGCACUCGAGAGGGACUCAGUCUGCCCAGCCAUCUGAUUUCCAGUGUGUUACUGAACAGCGCAGAAUUAAAGAUCCCGUCUUUGCUCAGUUCUGAUCGACUGGCAGAGCUCGGUCACCUCCUGCCCUUGCUGGGUGUGACUUUCCUGCAGGGUCUUACACCGUCUCAGCUGCUCGCUGCCCUCCCUGCCCUCGUGUCUGUUUCAUUCAGCCCUGUGCAGCCUCACACCUUCCUCCCCUCUGCCCAGCUGACCGCUCAAGGCCAGCUGCAGAAGAUCGGCUCCCUCAUUGUGGGAAUGAAGACGGAGACCUUGUUGACACUCACCUCAGACAGGCUGCUGUCAUCCCUGCCUGCCAUGGCCCAACGCAAACCAGGCCUCAGCCCGCCACAAGUCAAUGCUGUAUCCACCAAACUAUGGGGCUUCCCAGAAGUGGUCCGUUGGCUGGAUGAAGUGGAGCCUUUGCUCUUGCGGACGCCCCUGCUCAGUGUCCUGCCCAGGACUCAACUGCUUGUGAACAACAUCACCACUGCAUCCACAAAACCGUGGAACACACAGCAGGCUAAAGCAAUUUUCAAAGAGGUGCUUGAUACGAAACCAAACCUAAUUGAACUGAAUUUUCUGAGUCUGGGAACAGUGGGUCAGGGUGUGAGCUGCAAGGUCUUACAGGAACGUUUUCGUGCUGACUCUUCGGUUUCUUCAGUGAGAAGAAUCCUGGCCUUCCUCAGGCAGCAGCCUGGUCCUCUUCACACCUCACUGAAAAAGUGUGUGAUCGAGGAGCUGUAUCAGUUUGAGUUCUUCUCUGAGCUGCUCAAAGAUCUUGGAGCUGAGAUUGCCCUGUCCAUGCCGGUGAGCACCAUUAAGAAGUUUCCCACAGAUAUGAUGGACACUCUAAGGAAGAUGAUUGUUCAGGACCGUCUGCACUUUCUCUUGCUGUCCAGAACAAAACAGGAGCUGCUGGUUGACAGAAUGGUGCAGAGGAUGGGCAUGUACACGGGGGUGUUUACUGAGGAGGAGUUUCGUUCACUGGGCAUUAUGGCACCGUUUGUGGCAGAUGAAGUUUUCAUUAAACUUGACCGAAGCUUCUUCAUCGACAACCUGGACUUCCUCCAGGGGCUCUGCUACAGCAGCAGCAAGAUGGACAUUGUGGCUCGUAUCCUGCUGGAACCUGCAGCAUUUGGCCCAGUUAACAACUGGAACCAGACGACACUAAGUCAGGUGGACCGGUUUCUCUUCUUCCUGCCGAACAACAAACUGCAGGAGAUAUCCCUUGCGUUGAUGACUGUGGGGCGUAUCGAGAGGCUGUUCAUGAGCCAGCAUCGAUGGCAACGUGGGAACGUGGGGAUCCACUGUUCAGACGAGAACGAGCGUCAGAGACUUUCUGAAAAGCAGCAGUUUGUUCUACAGUUUUUCCUGGGCUUCCUGAAAAUACAUCCUUUGUCACCGACUCCUAUGGUUCCUACUUGUGAGAUUCUGCACACAACAGCUCCCUCUGCCUGGACCUCCAACAGUCUGCUUAGCAUGUCUUCAUUGGCCUUCUCCAACUGUCUGGAGCUGAUGGGUCAUGACCCGUUCUUAGCAUUCUACCAACGCAGCUCGGUGCUCAAGAAAGUCAAACAGAUAUACGGCCCCGUCUCGUCCUUCUCCCAGUCUGUGAUCUCUCAGCUGGGUGGAAUAGCAAUAGAGCUGUCACCAGAGGAGCUGAGCAGCCUCCGACUGACUGAGCGAAGCAGCAUCGCUGCUCUUAGUGCUGUCAGAGCCUGGAGCAACAGACAGCUUUCUGCACUGUUUACCACCGUGUUAAACUCCACCGAGCAGAGUCCGAGCCAGCUUGACUCCAGCACACUGGUGGCGAUGGGAUACAUCGUGUGUGGAGCCCAAACCACAGAGAUUAAUUCUUUCAAUGCCGUAGAGUUCAGUAAGGCGGUGCUCUGGCUGGGUCAGCUGAGGCUGUCCUGCUCAGAGGAGCAGCUGCUGGCGUUUGUUGGGCUUCUGACCCACCGUCUUGCUUUUGGACCCAUGAGUUCAUGGGGAACUGCUGUCUUCAUUGAGAUUGGUGUUCUGGCAGCUGGUCUCCCAGACAUGGCCAUGUCAGCUUUGGUGAAUGAACAAAUAGAAGGAAUCACACCUGCGGCUGUCUCAAUGAUACCACCUGAUAAGUUUGCUGUGGUGUUUCACCAGAGACAGAUCAGCAUGUUCUCCUAUGAGCAGGCUGCUGCUGUAACUGAUGAGCAGCUCUCUGCUCUGUCAGAUGUUCAGAGGACAGCCCUGGCUAUGGUGCUGACACCGUGGGAGGACAGGCCUGUUAACUUCAGAGGGAAGUCACUGGGGCUGGCACUGAGCCACAGUCCUCUGUGCCUCAUACUGGGACUGCUGAUGCUGCUGCUACUGCCCUGCCCUGAUCUGAUCUGCCCUGGCACAUGACCCCACUCACCCCUGCUGGAUCGGGAAACACCUCCGCAACCACAUAACCAAGAUGAUCUCAUUUAUCUGUGCAAUACCGUACCUCUUUGAAAUAAGCAGCACUUCAGGAUUUCUAUAAAGUGUAUUUAUUGAGAUUGUAAUUUAUUCUGUGCAACUGACACUUAUAGACACAUCAACAUUCAGCACUGGAGCAACCAAAUGUCUUGUUUAAUUCAAAAUAUAUAAAAAAAACAUUGUUGCAGUAUACAAUACAAACAUUAAAUCCAUCAAGUCAAACCAACACUCACAUACUUAUUUUCAUACACAUAUAUAUUUUGCUUAUUUAUUUAUAUAUUUAUUUUUUAAUAAACUUGUAUGAAUCCCUACUGCCCUUCUCUUGGAUGAGAGCCCAUACCCAGAAAAGCAACUCAA